CGUGUCGUUUCUUUUGUUCCGUCUGUUCUACCGCUCUUCCCGCCCACACUUUAACCGCCGCGGUUAUUAUCCCCGACGGGUGCGUGAAGCCACGACUUCAGCCACUAUCACCAUCACGGAUGACUGAUGCGCCUUAUCACUACGCUGCAAAACGGUCAUGCACCCGCGUCCCAUGUGUGUAUCUCCGCACAUUGUACAACGGCAGACCUACAGACACGCACACGCUCGUGAAGCGGCUUAAAGGUAUCGCCCAGAUUCUUUGUAUCUCAUUUCGAUUGUAAGCAUCCGGAGCUUCUGGUGUAGAAAGCUCAGACGGCGAUGCGGAAAUGAAAAGUCGAAGUUGCUGUGUGAGAGAACAGGUGUACAGAUUAACCUGUGCUCACUGCGAUAGAAGAUUGCACGACCGGUGGACCGACCGUGAAACAAGGGUGGCUCGUGGUUGUGAACUGAUAUACCACACAGCGAAGGAUACUGAGAGAUAGACUCGAGGGAAAACUGUGGUGGACUUAGAAUACCGAGACCAUGGAUAUUGCGCAGGAGUUGACGAACCUAACAGGGGAAGGUUGCGACGUACGGGAAGACUCCCUAGGGCUAACGAUAGCCGUCUCCUUGCUGUAUGGUGUCGUGUUUGUCCUGGCGCUCAUUGGUAACAUCAUGGUCAUCACGAUAGUCUAUGUCCGCCCUAAGCUACGCAGCGCUUCCAAUGUCAAUCUGAUCAACCUGGCCUUUGCCGAUUUGUGCUGCUGCGUCGGACUUCCUUUCUCCCUGGUAAGCGAGAUCAAAUCUACCUGGAUAUUCGGCGAUGUAGUCUGUGUUCUGGUCGCCUUCCUGACUCUAUGGGCCUGCACGGCUAUAGUCAUGAUCCUGCUAAAUAUAUCCAUCUACAGAUACUUUGUGAUAUCUCGUGCGAGAAGUGAGAUUGUCAAGGUUCUACGAAAACGUACAGUUCGUAUCAACGUCUUGGUAUGGUCGUUGUCAGCUGUUUUCAGCGCCCCACCAAUCAUCGGCUGGGGUAGAUACCGUGCCUGUGUGGGUUUACCCAGUUGCUUCCUGGAUCUACCGAGCAGCAGAUCCUACAUCAUCUUCUUCAUCCUGUUCACCACCCUCAUACCGUCCGUUCUCAUGAUCUUCUGCUACGCUCGGAUCUGCGCCACCGUUCGGAAUAGCUCCAAGCGAGUCAAGAACACGGCCCAGGCCCUGUUCCGUGCCUCUACCAUCCUGACGGAGAGCGUUGUGUCCGAGUCCGGAGACACCAGGAGGAGUCGGUGCUCCCUAAGGGACGUGGAGUUCCUACCGCUCCCGGUCAGAUCCCACCGUGGCUCAGACUCCGGUAUCAUACAGGCCUCCCGCUCAGAGAAGCGGCUCUCUAUAGUCUCCUACACCUCCGUCAUCGCCAACAUGAGACCUGAGGAGCUCCGUCUAGGUAAGUCUCUAUUCCUGGUCUUCGUGGCGUAUCUUCUAUUCUGGUCACCGGUCGUCAUCAUCAUGUUCAUAGCGGCUUUCCUUAACCCUACUCCGGUCCACGGUCUAUGGGUGGCUAUGCAGCUCUGCAUGUACAUCCACGCGGCCGUCAAUCCGUUUGUGUACGGAUUACUAACAGACCCGUUCCGCUGUGUCAUCAACACCGCCAUGUCGUGGGGGAACAAGACCCGAGCAGGGAUCAGGGACAACGGUCUGAAACGGCCCUCCAUCGCCACCAUGGAUCGGUUGAACGUAGAGAGUGACACCUACAUGGACAGGAGUAACAGUGACAGUAAGAACUGUGAGCGCAUCAACCUCAAGAGAUUAUCCAUUCCGGAGAGUUGUCAUCCAGCUCGUCUGUCGCUUUCAGCCUCAUCGUUUUAGCGUCUUUUUCUCCAAUAUUAUGUGAACUAUUUAAAUAAUGUUGCUAAAGCCGUGUCCGAAACGGGCGUCGAGAGCUACGGCUAUGUCUGUUGUCAGUAUGUCGUUUUAACUGACGAAGACCUCUUAAGUUAUAAAAGGCGAUAGCCCUAGCCACGAGAUUCAGACACAGCCUGAGCUUCUUACCCACGUCUUCUCAAUCAGAUGCCAGUUUUGAAUGUGAUUUAAUGUCGCCUUCCAAUCUUGAGUGCAAUCAGAGUUUCUCCUUAAGAUUGUAUAUCAACCUUCACGUUUUACAUCUUAUACCUCAUGUGGCUGUGCACUGUACUAUAGGUUAUCAUUCCUGUGUCUUCUGUGAAGAAUUUCUAUAUACUGCCCGAAAUGUCGAGAAGACAAUUAUCUACUGGUUCUUCGGGAACAACAGAGGAGAUUAACCUAUCAGUAAUGUCAAACCUAUGCCAUUCAGCUUUGCUUAAUUCCUAUAAGUCUAUAACAACAAACAACAAGAGUUACAGUUAGAAAACUUUUUUUUAAAAAUUAAAUCGUGGUUUAUCAUGCACAUGUAACGAAACAAGGACUACAACAUGGUGACCAAUAACCAUUUUCGGAGACGACAAAUCUUGAAUGGCAAUGUAGAACCUGAAAUGUGACAUGCAUAAUCUUGAAAAAAUAUUUUGAAACUUACAGUAGAAAAAUGAUGGAUCAAAUGCACCUUUCUGGUAAAAUUGUUUAAGACCAGAAAAAAAAUGUGCCAUUGGAAACUUACAGUAGAAAAAACCUCGAAAAAUCAAAGUGUAUCUUCUGCAAAAAUGGUUAAGCCCUAAAUCACGACAUUAUUUUUAACAAAACAUGUAUGCCGAUGGAGCCAGUUUUAAUGGCAAAUUCAUCUUUAAAAAUAUCUCGACUUAUUUUUGAUACAUCGCAUGCACGUCAUCUUAUUACCCGACACGCGACAUGUAAACACAUUACUGUCAUAGCAUGAUGAGUUGCUUACACAUUUCCAAUGUUACAUUUUGAGAUGUUGAUUUCGUGCCUGUAUAAGUCGUAUAUGUAUUUUACCAUGUCAGGCACAAUAAUAUUGUCGUAUCGUGUGGCGUGUCUGUUCGAAUAAUGACCGGGGCACGAGACCAAAUGCUUUGUCGAUCGAAUGUAAAACCCAUUACUUUUCAUCCUCGACUUACUCAUAAUGCUUGGUGUGUAUUUAUACUGGCAGAUAUGUGUCCUCUCUCUGACAGCUUGGUCAAUAACUUUGUCAUUAAGUUGUUAAGCAGAGGAAUGCACUUUAAAUCGGUUUGGCUGAAACGGAACCAAUCUGGUAAACAGUAAUGCUUUCAUCUGUUGAUCUUGCUGAAGAGGACCUUUUUAUCAUAAACCAUCUUAAUGAGAAAAACACGAGACACUUCGCACGCGUAAUAAUGCACCAAGAAAUUACAUUUAUUUUGACUCUCCGAAAAAAAAUAUUUGCAUAGUUGUAAAGAUAAUUGAUGUUGUUUGGCCCUUUGUUUUCUCCCAUUAGAAAUAUUUAGAACGAAUGUUGAAUCUCCCAAGUCUCGCAAAUCAUCUUUACAGUUAGAGUCGUCCUUUUUGUGGAAAAGAGGAUAAUUAUCACUUACUUAAUUCCAUUUCUCGUAAUAAAAGCAGAGUUCGUCAAACAUGGCAAAACAUUCGCUUACUUUGAAAGUAGCUUGUUGCAAUUUACCACCUUUCUAACUUAUGUACAUUCCAAUGUAUAAAUUAAAAACAAAAACAUUAUGAAAAAAAAUCAUAUGUAAGCUCGAGGAAAAAAAGGAUAUAAAUAUUACGAAUCAUAAUUAGAAUUCAGUUCAACCAAAGCUGUCAUCAAGAUAUCCUUGAUUGUAUUUUAUUCCACGAAGUGCCUGUACAGAAAGUGCAUCUUCAAACUAGUAUAUUUCUUUGUAUGAGUACACCGGGGGAAAAAACAGAUAAGGAAGUUUUAUCGACACAAUGGUGAAAUUGGGCCCAUACCUCUUAUGCAUUCAUUGUUAAUGAAUAAUAACGUAACAAAAUUACAUAUCCAAGAUGGCCGCUGAAAGCAAUCUGUCUAUAGUUAAACUGCUUGAUUUGCAUUCAGUUAGUGAUGUUUCACCCUUAAUGGGUUGUAAAAAUUGAAACCCUAAGCAUUAAUGGCUUUAAUCUAAUUUUCGACCACUGACUUCCCUCCUUGAGUCACAUUGAACUCUAUAUUUAUAGAAUACCGAGUUUUACUUUGGUGAAUUGUAAUUAUCUUUAUAUUGUAAUGGUGUUCAAAUCCAGAAUUUGCAAAGAUAGACAAUGAAGGAACAUUGAAGUUUGUGGAAUAGUUAUGUAUGACAUUUUCAAGGAGUUAAGUAUAAUACCAUUACGGUGCACACUCCAGACAGCAAAGCCACACCGCAAUUCGAAGUGUAGGACGGUAUGGUUAAAUGCUAAGACUGUUAAAAAUCUGAAUGUGACGGGAGGUGUGAGUGACCAUUUUUUCCACGGUGCGAGAUCGCUAUAAACCAAUCCAGGGACGAUAGCAUAGUACGCUCACGAAAGCCCCCUUGAAUGGCGAAAGCUUAUUGCUAGCUAUUGUACAGAUUAUGAAUCCGUCAUGGGGCAGUUAGCACAAUAUAGCUUGCACAUUGCUUUCACCAUUGGAGGGGGCCUCGUGGGUAGUGAGAGUGUGCUGGGAUUGGUGUGUAGUACGAAUCCGGACACGUGAUCACCGCACACACACGGGGCCCCCUUCAAUGGCGAAAGCACUGUGUAAGCUAGUGUGCAAAGCUACUGCCUUCGCCAUUGAAGGGGGCUUUCGUAUUCGGUGAACAAAAGGCUGACAGAGAUCAGAGCAAAAGACUUAUUAGCGUGAAUUAUCCAUGCACUUCUGUGAUGCUGAGUGAUAUUCAAUGCCGUGCGGUGGGUGAGGACUGUCAGGGAAGGUUUAACAUGAGGAAGUGAGAGUGAAAAUAAAGGAAGAUCGAUUCUUCGGAGAGAGCAGUGAUGCGCGAUACGAGAAGGAGGGACGCAAUGAAGAUGGAUGGAGGAAAGGGGAAUAAGGUUCGCUGAUAGAGGGAAGGCUUUAAGACAUGAAGAUGGAGAGAAGGAAUGAAGAAAUGUGAGAGGGAAAAGCAAAGGAGAACAGUGCCAUUUUAAUUCCGUAGGCUACUUCUUGUUCUUUUGGCAAAAAUGACAAGGGAGGCUGCGAAACUAAUAACCAGUUUGCAGUGACGGUGUAGGUCGGUGCACUCUUGUACAAUUUUCACGUGGGAGGAAAGUGGAUAUUGGAGAUCCUGGCGUCAGCUGUGGAAGACGUUUGGAUGAAGAUGAUUAGGGGGGACAUGAGUGGAGAGUGAAGGAUGAAUUUGUUUCAGAAAGACGAUGAUGGAGGUUGGGGUUGAACUGUUGACAAAACUGUUUAUUUAAAGAGCAAAGUACGGGCAACUCUGCGCUUGCAAAACUUUGCUGUAUUAUGGUAUUGGGUGUUUUGCUUUUACAUAAACAGUGUGUGGCAUCCAUUAACGAAAUUAAUGUUUACGACCGAUAUACAUUAUAAUAUGAACUAUUCACCACCAGUAAAGUUAUUUUUGUGUGAAAUUUUAUGGACUAGGGUAGUGAUGUUGCUUGGCGUGUGAGGUAGUUCACAAGCAUGGCGGGAAUCGAACCUACCCCCUACAGAUUUUGUUUUGCGAGACAUCAUUUGACUGAUGAGGAAUAACAAGAAAACAAGAUGUUCAGUUGUUUCAACUUAAGAAAACGUUUGCAUCAUGUAAAUUUAAAAAAUCCAAAAAAUCUUCGAAAAUAGGCCUCUACAUAAACCGUUAUGUGCUAAUUUAUUACAGAAGGUUUCCGUAAAGUGGAAAACAGUUUAGAUGUUAUAUUUAACCCGUUAAAAAAUGUUCAGUUUGUCAAAGAUUAUAGCAGAAAUCGGGUGAAGCAGCGUCCGAAUUACGUAGCCACUGCCGGCAUGCAGCUAUGGGAAGUCGAUUCGGCCAUUUCCAUAUCCAUAUAGGCGCGUGUGUAAUUGCCGGCCAAGGUAAUUAAGUAAUUCGGGUCGCAGCCUACCUCUAUAGCGAAGAUCUUUGGUUGUGGAGCACUGACCUCUGUUAAAAAAGGAGUGCCCGAUCGCCAUCUUUGGUCACCCAUGACGCAUGCGCAGUAAAUUUGAGGGUUUUUUUUUCGGUUGGUUGAUAUUGUAUGCAUUUUUUUUCAGAGUAAAGGCGGCAUUAACAAAGAGUGUAUUUUUUUUACUGGCUUUUUGAAACGGCCUUUCCAGAGUUUGAAACAGCCUUUCCUUGGACUGGCCAACAUCCAAAAAUGAAUAGAUUAUGAAGGAAAGUGUUGUUUAAAGUCUAAAAAAGCUCAAAUGUCGAACGAUGUACGAGACGCUUUAGUAUGAGAUCCACGAUGGCGAAUGGGUUGCUGCAAGGCGAUAUUAGCAGCCAGUCCAUAGUGUGGAGGUCAGUGGUGAUAAGUGAGGCACAGAAAAGGGGAUGAAAAUCCACAUUAUCUCUGUGAGAUGUGUUUGGGUUAAAUCUGUUGUCCUGGCUCUAUAUGUAAGUUAUAAUGCGCUUGAAGCAUUUGGUGCAUUUAUGAAACUGAGCAGCUACGGAUGUGCUGUACACAAUGUGCUGGAUGUUUGUACACGUACAGGGUGAACCCCCCCCCCAAAAAAAAAUGCAACCCUGAAACAUUUGCUUUU